UGUAUGUCUUUGCAUGUUUAGAGAAUGCCGCAGAUGACCGGAUUCUGCGAGGCCGUGCGCAGCUGGCUUCCGUCAUUGCGUAAGUCCGCUCAGAGCUUCCCCGUGGUGUCAUGGGAUGGGUUUGUGGAUGCCGUGCGUGCUCAGGUCAACCCCUUGGCCGACCAGAAGCACUUCAGCGAGUUACUCACCCAGUUGCAGCACAUGGGCGAGGUCAUAUACCUGAAGUCUGCGGAAGGAUGUCUUCACCCGGACCUGCUGGUGCUGUCCCCACAGUGGCUCUGCGGACCAGUGUUGGGACAGUUGCUCUCCAUCGACUUCGUGGCCCACGCUCGUAUCACCGGGUGCUACACUGUGGAGGACUUCCAAGCUGCUUUCCCUCAGACGGAUGCUCUGGGCCUCCUCAGAGUCUUGGAAACCAUGCAACUCUGUAUAGAGUGCGAGGUGGACGGAGACCUGGAGUACGAGUUUCCGUGCUACAAUCUGGUGGAGGCGCUGGAGGGGCUCUGGGAGGAGAAUGACCCCCGAUAUCGUGGUGCUGUAUACGGCGGUGUGCGUCUACAUUCUCCUCAGGGCACUGUACACCUACUGCACUCCGUCUUCCCUCGGAUACAAAUCCAACUGCGGCGGACUGUGAUUAGCUACCGUGACUCGGACAGUGACUUGUACCAGUGGUUCCACGGCUCCAAACUGUGCUCAGGCCUGAUAGAGAGUCUGGUUACGCUGGAGUCGUCGUCGCACACACAACACUCGGAGUGGAUCGAGAUCAAAGUACGAGGCCCACCUACCACCGGUCCAGUCUGCUUCUUCUUCAUUGAGGAGAUACUGGACGUCAUCGAUCAGGUUCUCGUAGAGAUGUGUCCCGGCCUGUCGGUGGAGAAACAUGUCCUGUCAGCCCUGGACCUGCGCAACCAUUGCGGUGCCUCCUAUUGUUUCCCACCUGACCAGCUCAUGUUGGCACUACUGUCCGAAGAGCGCCUCAACUCUCGCCUUUACAACCCACUUGCAGAGUGCUACGAGACGCUUGCCGAACUUAUCACUUUCAAUUCUAAUGAAGUGAGGGAGAUGCUGCUAGCCGCAGACCAACUGUCUGUCAAAUGUCUUUCAACGGUGUGUCGCCAGCAGCUGUGCGCCCUCCUGGAUCCUCCAGAACCGCUGGGCAAGGACUGGUGUCUACUUGCUGUCCAGCUUGCACUGCAGGACAAAAUAGCAGCCAUUGAAGCCUCAGAGAACAGCCCCACAGCGACACUGCUCGACACCUACCAGGGCUCUAUAGGUUUGCUGAUCCAGAAAUUAGGCGAGCUGGGGCGAGAAGACGCCAGAGAUGUGCUCUUGCGCAGCGCACCCCUGUACAGGAUCAACUUUGACUUGAUGCAGACUCAGGAAACCCCUAGUGAUAGCUCUCAAAACCUUUCUCGAUAAUUUGCCUCGGACAACAGGCAUGUACCUGACCUUAGACAAUUUUACUGAGAUUUUGCUUUAUAUGUCUUUUACUGUGAAUUGUCACUAAAUUUUCAUAUGUACAAUGUAUUUUAUGUUUUGCUUUACAUAUUAUAUUAUAUAUAUAUUUAAAGUUAUUUAAUGUUUUAUUUUAAUAUUUAAAAUUAUUGUAAUUUUGUUGAGGUGAAGUGAUCUUUCAUGGAACACCAACUAAAUAAGUGCUUUUAAAUGUGAAAGCAUACUUCGAUUGAUUGCCAGAUGCUUUUCAUCUGCGAUUGUUUCUUAUCAGUCCACACUUGUUAGCUUUAGAACUUUAUCAUAGCUUUAAGACUUGUAUUCUCUGAACACACUUUUGUACUUGUUUUGACAAUGCACUGAAUCAAAAAGUAGGCCUAUUUAAAAAGACUAAAAUUUAAUUAUUGAUGUGAAUCUUUUUCUACGCUUGUUGCUACUGUUUAUUGUUAAAGUACUUAAGCUUAUCAGUGUUGUUUGUAUUAGGUUGACUUGUUAUUAUUGUUAUUUGAUUAGCAGUUAAGCAUUUGUCAAUGUUGCAAUAUAGUUUGAUUUGUAUUUAUUAGUUUUAAUAUUUAAUUUAUUUCACUUUUUCUUCUUGAAGUUUGGAAUGUUAUAUUCAACAUUUGAUAUAUGUUGCAUGAAAUGUUAUUUCUUUGAGGUAAGUUUAGUACUAGCUUACUUAUAUUACAGCAGACACAACUAUUACAACGAUCUGUGUUUGUUAAGGUGUUACUUAUUUAUAAAUGGCUCAAGCCCAACAGAUGUUGUUAUUGUUGUAUGUAAUUGAUAAGUUAAAUGUUCACAAACAAAUACCUUUGUUCCUUAUAAACUGUUUUAGGAUUAAUUGUUGACUUUUUUUAUAGAAGUUAGUAUGUUAUUAUUGCAAUGUACUUAUGUAAUUUGCCAUAAACUAUUAUGAAUUGUAAUUUUGAUUCCUCAAGUCUGUAUUUUAGCUAUAUUGAAUCUCUCGAAUAAAUCUUUAUGACUUUUGUAAACAAUCCUA